AUGGGAAACAUCGCUCAUGCACGCUCACCACUUGGCAUGCUUCCAGUUGACAGCACGUUGUUGUCUCACAGCUUGACUGCUGUUGGCAAUAGUAUGACACAUUCUGCUGUUCCACGUUCUCCCUCAUCUAGUGAUUUGAUUGAUGAGCCAAUUACCGCUGGUAUAUGUCGCCGAAGGACAGAUUCUGCUGCUGACCAGGAUGACCCAACAAUCCUUACACCCUCACGCACGAAACGGCUCAAAGUGUAUGCUAAGACGGUGGCUGAGGAGAACGACAUCUCAGAAAAGGGUCUGUAUGACUUUAUCGAUACCGGAGGAAUUUAUUACAUGCUCAUUGAUCUCAAAGUGUGUAUGAUGAAGAGUGAUACAGGCCGAAAGGCUGCUCUUCUCCAUGAUUUGAAAGAGUUGCUAAACUCCAAAGAUUUCAAAUCCGCACUCCAAAAUCACUUGAUAGCAUGUCUACUGUCGCCAAACAUUACCGCAUAUGUGACGGACACACAUCCCCACAUCAUGAAUUUCAUAAAAGACAACAGUGGUGUAUUCAAAGUUCCGCCAUCACUGUUCGAGGACGUGGAGCUGACUGCGGUAUUGGCAAAAAUCAUCAGUGAGCUGCUUUCAUCGAUUCAUGGUAACAUGAAGAACAAGUUGCUCGCAUCUAUCCGCAAACACAUGAGCAUUAUGGACACGGCAAAAUCACUUGCGCAUGGUUCCAUUGAGGUUGACUCGGCUCAUUGGAACAGGCUUGCAUUUUUGCGGUGCUGCUUGCGCGUCUUUAUGAUUGGUAUCAGUGACUACAGGACCGUUCCACUCAAGGACCUUUAUUCGCCUUUUCUUAUUCUGUCUCUCCACACUGCUGUCUGUGCUAGAAUUGGACCGAAACUCGGCAUCGACAUCGACAGCAUCGAGCGUGAGAUGCUAGGUGAAGAAGAAAUUCCGGAUGGCCAGGAUGAAGGCCAGGAAAUGCACAGCACGGGAACUGCUGGCAGUGGAGUCAUCGACAAUGGUGAUUUAGCUGAUGGGACAAGAGAGUUGGAGGAGAAUUCGGGUGACAAUGGCAAUGCAGACCAGGAUUAUGAGCCUGAGGAUAACGAGGGGCCUGAUACCACCCCAUAUAGCAGAGCUCUUGCUGAGGACGACUCUGGCUUUGGGGACAAUGGCAAGCCCGCCAUUUUCACUUCGGGAAAAUUUUGGAAUUUUGUUGAUACCUCACUCGAGAACAUUCACAAAGUUGUCAAGCAGGAGGCAGUGAACAAUCAUCAAGGUACUGUUUUCCAACAUACAUCAAUUGAAAACGUGUUUCGGCAAAUACUCGUAGAAUAUUUCCAGGAGGACCUUGCUGAUUUCCCCGGUAACAUGGCCGUUCCUAAGCUCCUCACAAACAACAGUCCCCAGUGGCAGACCACGAUUCAGAACAACCUCCUGUGGAAUGAGAAUCUGUGA